GCCAAAAGCAAGCAGCUGAGACGAUCGGUCACACAAGAACCCCCUACCUCCCAUCCCCACCGUGUCAGAACAACGUUCGAACCUUCCUUUCACAUUCUCCUCCCCAGUCCAACGCCCUCCUACCUCCACCCGCCAACCCCUCUCACACCCUCCACUCCCAUACCCACGUCGCAGUGCCCCCUCCCAAAAGACUUCCCCUCUUCUCCUGCCAGCGCAGCCGCUGCCUCGCGCCCUUGCGAUCGCCGACCUUCAUUUCCUGCUGAGCCAUCCGCGCGCCCCUCGCCCGGCGCUCUAGCCAGCAGUCCCCGGCCCAUACAGACCCCCCAUCCUCCCCAAGUUCCCUACGCCUCCCGCCGUCAGACCCAACACACGCCCAUGAAGAACCAAGGCUGA